AUGGCGUCGAGCGCUGGGAACAGGGAGAUGUUUAUUGAUGGCCUGAUCAAGUUUAUGGCGAGCUAUGGCUUCGACGGCAUGGAUCUCGGUUGGGAAUACCCAACUGCCGAUGACCGUGGCGGCACCGCAGAUGACACCGCCAACUUCGUGUUGUUGUGCGACGAGAUCAAGGCGGCGUUCGGCAGUCGCUUUGGCUACUCCAUCACUCUGCAAGCGUCCUACUGGUACCUACAGAGCUUUGACCUCGCCGGCAUGCAGGCGUUUGUUGAUUGGUUCAACAUAAUGUGUUAUGAUAUUCACGGCGUGUGGGAUGCCAUGGCGCCUCGAAAUUCGUCGGCCCUAUCGUCGCUCCGCGCACUAAUCUCACGGAGAUCGACCUUCUCUGGCGCGCGGGCCUCCAACCCGAGAAGGUUGUUCUGGGUCAAGGGUCCGAAUGGCGUUUGCCGGUUCUCAGGCAGCGCCAAGGAAGGCCCGUGUUCCAAAGCUUCUGGCAUUCUCACCUUGCAAGAGAUCUUUGAUAUCAUCGAGGAAAAGAAUCUUAAGCCUCAGUUCGACGAGAAGGCAGGAGUGAAAUGUGAUUAUCUCCCUGGUGUGUGCGACGAGGUUUGA